GAUUACACAGUAGUGAAGAAGACAUCUGGAGAGUGUGUGGCCCCCAGCAGGUCAGGAGGAUGGAGCAGGGCCCGGGGCCCCAUCACGGAGCCUCCACCUCCCUCACUGAUACCUGAGAGGACCAAUGAGCAGAAGAUCCUAGAACUCACCCACAAGAUGAUGGAGCUGCUGACUGGAGAGGUUCCUAUAAGGUGUCAGGAUGUCACUGUCUAUUUCUCCAUGGAGGAGUGGGAGUAUAUAGAAGGACACAAGGAUCUGUACCAGGACAUAGUCAUGAUGGAGGACCACCGGCCCCGAACAUCACCACUGGAUGGAUCCAGAAAGAGGAACCCACCAGAGAGAUGUCCUGCUCCUCCGGAUUCCCAGGACUGUCCGGGGGGAGAUGACAAUGUGCUACAGGAUGAUCAGGGUGAAGAUCUGAUUCAUAUUAAAGUAGAAGUUGCAGAGGAUGAGGAGACUGACAUGGCGGCUGAAGAUGUAAAGGAGGAGGAAGACGAUGUUCAGAUCAGAUCAGGCACCGCCGAUACCUCAGCCGCUCCGCUCUUACCUCAAGAUCAUACAACUUCUCUUCAGGAUUUAACACAAGACUUUUCAGGACAUUUAUUUCCUCCAGACAUAUCCACAAUCCUUCCCAGUAACAAUCUACUGUUUAACCCCUUGUAUGAUGAGGAAUCUUCUUUGGAUAAUCCAUUUAUAGAUACUAGUGCAAAUCGCCAAGAAGGAAAAUUUCACCCUUGUUCUGACUGUGGGAAAUGCUUCAAAAAUAGAGCGAAUCUUCAACGACAUCUAAGAAUUCACACAGGGGAGAAACCAUUUCCAUGUUCUGAGUGUGGGAAAUGUUUUACCCAGAAAAGUGGUUAUAUUCAGCAUAUGAGAAUCCACACUGGGGAGAAACCAUUUUCCUGUGCUGAAUGUGGGAAGCGUUUUAGGCUGAAGUCGACUCUUGCUCAGCAUCAGAAAAUUCACACGGGAGAAAAGCCAUUUUCUUGUUUAGAGUGUGAUAAAUGGUUCGCCAGGAAAUCAGAGCUUUUUAGACAUGAGGGAACUUAUCACACGGGCAACAAGUUGUUACUGUGCACUAAGUGCGGGGAAAGUUUUGUACGGAAAUUAGAUUUGAUCCAACAUCAAUCUAUUCACAUGGGAGAGAAGUGUUUUUCAUGUUCUGAGUGUGAGAAAUGCUUUACAAGAAGGUCAAACCUCUUGAAACAUCAGCGAGUUCAUACCGGGGAAAAGCCGUUUUUGUGUUCAGAGUGUGGGAAAUGUUUUGCUAAAAAGUGUAAACUAGAUAAACACCUCAAAAUUCAUGGUGGGGAGAAACCAUUCUCUUGUUCUGAAUGUGGGAAAUGCUUCAUGUUGAAGUUUAAUCUGGUUACACAUAAAAAAAUUCACACUGGGGAGAAGCCAUUUUCCUGUCCAGAAUGUGGGAAAUGUUUCUCGCGUAAGGCUAACCUUCUUGAACAUCAGAGAAUUCACAUGGGGGUAAAAAGAUUUUCCUGCUCUGUGUGUGGAAAGUGCUUUUCACACAAAACAGCUGUUGUCCAACACGAGAGAAGUCAUGUGGGAGAGAAGCCAUUUUGUUGCUCUGAAUGCGGGAAAUGUUUUACUCGAAAAGCUAGUCUGGUGGAACAUCAGAGUAUUCACACGGGGGAGAAGCCAUUCUCAUGCUCUGUGUGUGGAAAGCGCUUUUCACACAAAUCGGUCCUUGUUCAGCACGAGCGAUCUCACAUGGGGGAGAAGCCAUUUUCAUGUUCCCAGUGUGGAAAGUGUUAUACACGGAAAGCUUAUCUGGUGGAUCAUCAGCGAGGAUGUACAUUCCAGAAGUCGUCUGCGUGAGAAGCCAUCUUCCUCAAUAAUGUUCAUGGUUUUCUCCACAAAGCAAGGGACCAUCAAGAAGAACUAGUAGUACCUGGUCAUGGUGAACCUCAUGGAUCCACUGUACCGGUCGGAGGCAGAAUUCAUUGUUUUAUGGUGAAUACAAAACUCGUUGUCCGAUCCCAUAUCACAUGUACAGCUGAUCCUGAUUUUAUUAUUUUGAUAAUUCGUCUUCCUAACUUAUAUUCUGUCGUCUGUUUCAUAUUUUCAAUGUUUUUUAAGUUCUGGAAACUAUCAGUAUUUAAAAUUAAUA